UAUAAACAGGAUAUCAAUCUCAGAUUCCACCAUUCAGCAAACGAUCGUCUAACGAGUCACAUCAUAGCAAUAUUAUUGGAGUUCAACCAUAACCAAUAUAAAAAUGGAGAACACAGCCAGUUAUGCCCACAAGAAGUUUGUCGUCAGCAAGCGGAAAAGGGACUUGGACCACGACAAGGAGAACUUUAACCAUCAGUCGGAGCAGCCGGUCACCAAGCGUCGCCAGAACCAGGGAUUCUUCCGCCCCUGGCUGGAUAACGAUCAGAACCAGGAGAAGGAGCCGGCGGCACCAGUGGAGAAACCCACAUUAGUCCCAGGAUCCUCAGUCAGCCAGUACCAUGCCAACAUGGUGCGACGCACCCAGGCCCAACGCCAGCGAAGCCCCAAGGAGCAGAUGCGCCGGGAUCGGAACACCCUCGCCUGCCUCUUUAGCCGACGGGCCAAGCAGGCCCAGGAGGAGCGGAUGAGUCAGCAGUACGAGCAGUACCGGAGUCACCAUGCCGCCAUGCUGGAACAGCAGGUCCGCCUGAGCCUCUACUACCGCCAGAUCCUCCAGCAGGCGGUCUUCCAGCGAGCCAUCAACCCCUCGCCAGCACAUCUCCUGCCCCAACAGCAACAGCAGUUCCUCCAGCAGAUGGCCCUCUCCCAGCAGAUGCUCAUCUUUGGUGGUCAGCACUGA